AACACUGGGAUUAGACUAGAAAAAGGCCAGGAGGACUUGUGUUCUCCACAUACCAACACACGUUCAAACAGAUCCUCUCUGUGCAUCUCUUGAGCUGUGAUGGAGUCUGCUAUCAGCGUUCUGGUGUCCAAGUUUAAAGUCUAUGCUGGGAGUGAUGGUUCAUCAGACACACUGAGCAGAGAUGAGUUCCACAGGCUGGUCAAAUCUGAGCUUCCAAACUUUGUCACGAAUGCCGGUGACCCCACGGCUGUUAACCAGCUCAUGAGUUCAUUGGACAAGAACAAUGAUGGAGAGCUGAACUUCCUGGAGUUCUGGCAGCUGAUUGGACAUCUUGCUAGCAGACAUGGGGGGUUCAGCCAAUAGCAGUGUCCUCUGAUACUGUGUAAAAGGCCUGCGUGUGUCACUUGUCUGUGUGCCAUACAGUUAGAAAAAAUGGGAAAACUGCCAAAUGGAAAACACCCUGAAGAGAGUUUCAAGUGCAGAAUGCUGUUCUUUUUUAUCAGCAGUCUGCUUUUCUUCUCACCCAGCAACUGCCAAAUUGGCACACUCUCUGAAUCCUGUUCAAGCUUUUCAGAAAUAUUAGAACCAGUCCUAUCUGUUUCCCAGCACACACACACAGCUGCUUGUGCUUACAGGUCUGUGAGGGUGUAGCAGAGUGGGAACGUAUUUUCUGAAAACAGAUAAUGUGCGUCUUUGUUUUCUUGGCUUGUCUAAU